AUGAAAUUGGGGCGGGGGGGGGGAGGAGGAGCCCCGCCCCCACCACGCAACUCUCUAGCGAGAGAGCUCUGAGGCGCCCCAAUGCGCUCAGCGUAGCCCGCUCCAGCGAGCUCCGGGAGCUCGAAUUCACCCAGCACGUCCCCGUCCGCCUGGGGACGCCAACAGCAGCCAACGGCCCCGCAGCAGAGCUGAGCUCUCAGCCCCAGAGCGAGAGGGGGGCGGGGCUUCUGGCAUCUUCCCCGCCCUCCCCAGCAGAGAGGUUCGAGCUCAGGCCUGAUGGUCCCACCCUUCCUCCCGGCGGGAAUGGUCUGGUCCGGGUGCAAUCAUCCGCUUGUCCCCGCUUCACCUCGGCCGACAGUGACGGCUCGGCCCCGCCUGCGUGGGGCGACGCUGUGAGCGGCGCUCGAGCCUGGCGCCAACAUGGAGGCGCCCUCCGGGAACCCCGGUGGCUAUUUCCGGUGCACCAGCCGCUUUUGGAUGGGCGUCAUCGCCGUCUGCAUAGGCUACUUCGCUUGGACAGUCUUUUUACCUUCAACAAUACCCUAUGAGAAUCUGGGACAACUUGGCCAUUUUACUAAAUAUUUAGUGGACAACCACCCCAAUCUGCUAUAUAACGGGUUUUGGCUUGCCUGGGGAAUUCAUAUAGCUGAAGCAUUGUACAGUAUCAAGUUAUGCAAGAUCAAAGGCAUCACUGACAGCUCUGUUCAACGUCGAUGGUUCAUCCAAACCUUCCUCUUUGGGGUAGCUUCUCUCUCCCACCUGCUAGCCUACAAGCCUCCGCCUAAGAAGCAGAGAUAAGGGAUUGGGAAAGAGGCAAAUAAAGCUAAUAUUUCAACCUUGUU